AUGGAGCAAAUACAGGAGACGCCAUAUUCAAGGAUCCGGAGAGACUUAUCUUAUGGUGCAGUGAUGCCGUAUGCCGCAAUAGGAAAGGAAAAAACAGAGUGCCUCAUUCAUUAUUUUGAUUCACUUUCUGCCCCUCCCCGCCCUCGAGAGACGCCGGAAAAGCAACGCUUCAAACGGACUUGCAGUGCCGUUGAAGAUGAAGGUAGGCAACAAUUUCCAGAGUGCAGGAAGCGGACGAAGCUAGAAGCAGACGGAAACGACCCCUCCUCGGUUUCAAAGUGGCGGUUCUGCAUUUCCAUUGGAUGGAUGACGGGUACCUCCUGGAGCUGCAUGUCCCGCACUGGGAUUAUGCGUAUUCACCGCCCAUUGUAUGCUGUCUCUAAUGCUCCCGCUGUCACCGUCAUUCCCCCCUUCCCGUCCUGCCCGCUCUCCUCUAUCGCUCCUGCUGCUUUUCAUGUCCCUGGCAGAGCGGGCCAUUUCAACACUGUAACUGGGCAGCCUGAGAUCGUCAACAACCUCGUCAAGGCCUUACCACGAGACAUCGUCUUUGGCGCACAUUCUCUCUCUCUCGCUUCCUUUUUCCCUGUCCGUUCGCUCGGUUCCGGUCAUUCUCACCCAUCCAUCCUCCCAGCUCGCCUACCAACUCUCCCAAGGUCGCUGCUCUCUCAACGCACUGCCGACCCUACCCCUGGCGCCCGCUUCACACACCACCUUACGCCAACCAAACCAAACCUCUGGUCCUGUCUUCUCUGCCUAGACCACCCGCCGCCGCAAAACACCCCCGCCCCCCCUCCCAACCUCUCCAAACAUCGGCACUGGCUCAGCCUUACCUCCUUCAAACCACCACACAUUGAGAGCGGCAAACAUGUCGGGCUCAGAGAUCAACCAAGUUUUGGCCAAUUCGCUGUCGCCAGGUUUUGCAUCGCCAGCAAAUCCUAUCCCCCCCUCCUGUCUCCCCCAAAUUGUCGCCAGGGCAAUGUGAACAGAACCUGCUUUUCUUGGCUUCCGCCCUCACAUCGCGCAUCAACAAACUGCCACUACCCUCAUGGCCAUGCUAACAUUCUGAACAGACGCGAACUUGCGCAACGCCGCCGAGCAGCAACUUACACAAGCAGCCGACAACAACUUCGUACGUGCCCGCCCACUUUUGCAUCCCGAGUCCCCCCUCCCCCCACCGCCGCUGGCAAAUUUGCUAACCAUCCUUCCCAACAGCCCCUGUACCUCGCAACUCUCGUCCAAGAGCUUGCAAACGACAACGCCGAUGGCUCCAUUCGUGCCGCCGCAGGUCUCGCCCUGAAGAACGCUUUCACUGCCCGUGACUUUGCCCGUCACCAAGAGCUCCAGGCAAAAUGGCUCCAACAGACCGACGAAGAGACGAAGACGCAGGUCAAGAACUUGACCCUGCAGACCCUCGGCUCCUCAAACUCCCAGGCCGGCCAGGCUGCUGCUCAGGUCAUCUCCUCCAUCGCUUCUAUCGAGCUGCCGAGAAGUCAGUGGCAGGACCUCAUGGGCAUCCUUGUUAAGAACAUCAGCGAGGGUGGCGAACACCAGAAGCAGGCCUCCUUGACCACGAUCGGUUACAUCUGCGAAAGCCAAGAUCCCGAUCUGCGAACGGCUCUCAUUGCUCACUCCAACGCCAUCCUGACCGCCGUCGUUCAGGGUGCCCGCAAGGAGGAGACGAGCCUUGAGGUUCGCCUGGCCGCAAUCACAGCCUUGGGCGACUCGCUCGAGUUCGUUGGCAACAACUUCAAGCACGAGGGCGAGCGCAACUACAUCAUGCAGGUCGUUUGCGAGGCCACCCAGGCCGAUGACUCCCGGAUACAGCAGGGCGCCUUUGGAUGCCUUAACCGCAUCAUGGGUCUCUACUACGAUAACAUGCGUUUCUACAUGGAGAAGGCUCUCUUCGGUCUUACCAUUCUGGGCAUGAAGUCUUCGGACGAGGACGUUGCCAAGCUGGCUGUUGAAUUCUGGAGCACCGUCUGCGAGGAGGAGAUCGGUAUCGAGGACGACAACGCCCAGGUCGAGAGCGCCGACCAGAUGAGACCCUUCUACAACUUCGCUCGCGUAGCAGCUAACGAGGUUGUGCCCGUUCUCCUUCUGCUUCUGACCAAGCAGGACGAGGAUGCGGCCGAUGACGAGUACAACUUGGCCCGCGCCGCCUACCAGUGUCUUCAACUCUACGCUCAGGCCAUCGGUGCCGCUAUCAUCAGCCCCGUGCUGCAAUUCGUUGAGGGCAACCUGCGUGCCGAAGACUGGCACCACCGUGAUGCCGCCGUUUCUGCUUUCGGCGCCAUCAUGGAUGGCCCCGAUGAGAAGGUCCUCGACCCCAUCGUCAAGCAGGCUCUUCCUAUCCUUAUCGGCAUGAUGGACGACAGCUCCCUGCACGUCAAGGACUCGACCGCCUAUGCCCUUGGUCGCAUCACUGAGAGCGUGUCCGACAGCAUCGACCCUAACCAGCACCUCGACCCUCUCAUUCGCUCCCUGUUCAACGGCCUCAUGAGCAGCGCAAAGAUAGCAUCUUCGUGCUGCUGGGCCCUGAUGAACUUGGCCGAGCGCUUCUCUGGCGACCUUGGUGCCGCUCAGAACCCUCUGACUCCUCACUUCAACCAGAGUGUCACCAACCUGCUUGGUCUCACGGCCCGCCCCGAUUGCGACUCGUACGUCCGCACCGCCGCCUACGAGGUUCUCAACCUCUUCGUGCAGAAUGCCGCCAGCGAGAGCAUGCAGCCCAUCGCCUCCCUUUCCGGCGUCGUCAUCGAGCGUCUAGAGGGUACCGUUCCCAUGCAGACCCAGGUCGUUAGUGUUGAGGACAGGAUCAUGCUGGAGGAGAUGCAAACUAGCUUGUGCACCGUUCUCCAGGCCAUCAUCCAGAGACUCGACAAGGAGAUUGUUCCCCAGGGCGACAGAAUUAUGCAGACCCUGCUCCAGAUUCUGAGCACCGUCGGCAGCAAGUCUAGCGUUCCCGAUGGUAUCUUCGCUACCAUCAGCGCUCUGGCCAACGCCAUGGAGGAGGAUUUCUCCAAGUACAUGGAGGCUUUCACUCCCUUCCUCUACAACGCUCUGUCAAACCAGGAGGAGCCCGCACUGUGCUCCAUGGCUAUCGGUCUUGUCAGCGAUCUGACGCGAUCCCUUGGCGAGCGCAGCCAGCCGUACUGCGACAACUUCAUGAACCACCUGCUUCACAACCUCAAGGUACGUUAUCACCGCCAAUCGGCACUCAAAGUGUUGUCAUCCAUCAUUAUGUGGAUGCGACACGGGGUUGGCAUUAGCACCGCCUUGAGCAACCAGUUCAAGCCUGCUAUCCUGCAGUGCUUCGGCGACAUUGCUGGCGCCAUUGGCGGCCACUUUGAGACAUACCUGUCCGUCAUCGCUCAGGUCUUGCAGCAGGCGGCGACUGUCAACGCCGGCCCCGAGGGCCCGUACGAGAUGUACGACUACGUUAUCUCUCUUCGCGAGGGUAUCAUGGAUGCCUGGGGUGGUAUCAUCGGAGCUAUGAAGUCCGGUGGCAAGACUCCUGCUCUUCAGCAAUACGUGCCUUCGAUCUUCCAGCUGUUGAACAUGAUUGCCAGCGACAUGAACCGUAGCGAGGCUCUCAUGCGUGCAUCCAUGGGCGUUAUUGGCGACCUUGCUGAGGCCUACCCCAACGGCGAGCUUGUCGACGUCUUCCGCCAGGAGUGGCUCACUGCGCUCAUCAAGGAGACCAAGACCAACCGCGAGUUCCAGCCCCGAACCAUCGAGACCGCUCGCUGGGCACGCGAACAGGUCAAGCGUCAGCUUGGCGGUGCCUCCGGCCACAUAUCCUGGAGCAGCCGGUUUCUCUACCGAAACCCGGAUCUGCGUCAAACGGAGGAGAGAGAGAACAGCCAAUCCCAGCUCUUGCCACAACACAGCAUCGAAAGACACGGAGCUCCCUCGCGUGUAUAUAGACACCCUUGCACCACCACCCCAGGACUAAUUUUACCCCAAUACCCCUUGCCAGCACACCAUAUCACAUCACGAAACUGCAACCCCUUAUUCAACCACUUCACCCACCCCUUGGCUGUUAUCUUCUGGACUUUGAUUUUCGCGACGGAAAGCUGGAUUAGAGAGAAGGCGGGAGUCCUCAUUGUCAUGUACGCCGCGCAUAGAAAGCGCAUUGGCGACCUAAAAGUCAUAGCAAUGAGAGACGGGGAAAUGAACAACGUCAAUACACAUUUCGGAGUCGGCCACAUCCCAACUCGGACGAACCAACCUGGUCAAGUGAUCAGGCCAUACUUGUAUGCGAUUUCGUCGGAGUAUCUUUUCCUUCAUCGGAAAGAAGACUCGCGCGCACUCGGCGGGCGGAUGAGAAAGGAAGGGCCUUGCGAAAUGGGCAUAUCACAGGAGAGUAAGUUCAAUGAGUUUUGCCCCCUUCAGUCUCUGAAAUGCAGAUAUCUGCGAACUACAUGGAUGGAUUUCCCAUACUCUGCCACGAUGAAAUUAUCUCUGUUGCUUGACGAUACCAUUCCAUACUACUCGUCAAAAACCGCGAUGGGCGUCGUCGGUGUUUAUGCCCAGGCUUUGUUUCCAUCCUUCGAGACCGAAGCGCUGUGGGUUAUCUUUUCACUCCUGUCAGCGCCGUGCUUCUCAAUGUUUGCAGUUGAAUAUCCCAUCCCGUCGGACAAGUUGAUAAAAUUUGACGGGAAACAAGACCCCACCUCCUUGAGUAGCACACCGUUCAACAUGAUACCACUUCUUCCAACUCCCCAGCUUCUCGGUGUUAGCAGUAUACCUUGCACAAAUGGGUCAAUUCGCGAAAAGAUGGCAUUGUAG